UCUUUUUUUCGUACGCUGUCGGAAAGUCAACCUCCGCAACAGAAGUAAACGAACUCAUUCCAACAGUGAUAAGUCCGUUCCGUCAAAUUUAUUUUUCCAAUUUCAUGGCCGGCGCGUGUAGCAGAUACAUUAACUCCAUGACAGUUAAGUGUCGCUGGUGUCAUAUUUGUGCAAAGGAGGAGUUGGCGAACAUCAUACCGCAUCAUCUUGAGCAACUUCUGCCUGAGGGUCACUGCAAUUUCAUUUGCAAAUACACACCCCUGGAGAGGGGUUUCACAGCCUCCUUAAAGCUUCAACUGGCCACCAGAGAGGAGGCAGAGACCUGGUUGGAGGACUUCCAACGGUCAUCAAGAGUGACCUUAAGAGUGGACAAAACGUAUCCUAUGACAGAGGAUAAAGUUCGGCGCAACAGCUAUCGAGUUGACAUGAAAUGCCAACUCAAGACAAGGCAGACGGCUUACACCAAAAGAAACACACACUGUCCCGCUGGGCUCUACCUUGUGUUGAAAAAGCACUGCCAUAGGGAUAACAGGAAGUCCAGAUCUAUUGAUACUCAUAUUCAGGAGGGAUUAUUGUUGCAUGUGACCAUCAAACAUCACCACAACCACCGCCUUGGUGGUUCCGAAUCCUUACAGCAGGGGGAUGUGGCCAGAGAGACCGUGGAGAAGCUGGUGAAACUUUUUCAGAGUGGGCACUCCCCCUUCUCAGCCCUAAACACCCUGAAAUAUGACCUCCAGGAGGAGCAGGGGGAUUCAUGUGUGCAUGCCUCUGCAGAUAGGUCCAUUUGUCCAGACGUCCAAUUCUGCUACCGAUUAUACUACUCCAUUUUCAAGAAGGAGUAUGGAGCUGUAUCAGGGGAUGCCAUGCUUGAAAACCUCCAGGAACGUCUGGAGGUUUACAACAAGGAACAGUGUGAGACACGCACCCAAGAACAAGCUGGAACAACCGCUCCCCCAACCCCACUAGACGGCUCUGCCGCUGCAGGAGCGUCCUCUCAAAGUGAGUUGGUUGCUGAGUGUCUCAAAGGUCGUCUCAGAUCCAUGUUUGAUGGCCUCAUGGACAAGCUUGAAAAGGAUCAUGAGACCUUCCAAGCCCCAAUAGAAUCCCUAGUGUCUUCCUAUGAUAAAAUCCAUACUGACAGCGGCCUGGUCUCAGCACUGUCUACAUUUGGGAAGCUGAGGAGUGCUGCUGCGCGUAACAUCAAAAUGCAGCCAAGAAAAGGUCUGGAAAUUAGCUCACAAAGAGGCGUGCAGCCUACCGCUGAUGCUCGCCGUAAGACUCUGCUGGGGGGCAGACGGGUAGUCAUCACUGGUCGACCUCCAAAAAGAGCCCUGAGGGAAUACAAGUAUGGGAAGGUUAAAGAGGGGAGUGGUGCACUGCCAAGGAGACCGGCACCCCACACCAUUGCCCAGUGUGUCUCUGCUGGUGUUUCCCUAGGUGGCCAACACAGCAAAAAAUAUAAUGAUUAAGUGUGUCGCAUUGGUCGCGACGUAGGUCGCAUUGGUCGCUGUGUGGGUCGCUCGUCUGGCUGCUUUCAGUCGCUGUGGUCACUGGCUGGCUCGCUCAAAGUCUAUAUAAUCAGUUGA